GAAUUCUUGCUACUGGCAAACUUGACAGUAUGAUGAAGACUGGGCACUGACCAUCCUAGCUACAGAGCCCAGAGUUUCUGUCUUUGAAACUGCCUCUGGUUUCCUUCCUGCUUGCUCCCUUUAUCCCCUGUGUCAGCAUCAGGGGGCAGUUUGGACUCUGUUGGGGAAGGAGCUGAACCUGAGGGUCUGCUGUCCCUUGCAAGGUGCAGAAGGAUCAGCCAUCCCAGAGCUGACGGAGACCUGAAGCUGUUGUGCUUGGUCUCUCAUCGCUAACGGAGCAGGCUCAUGUGACUGACCCAGUCAGGGUGAAAGGAGAAGUUGCAAACUCAGAAUUAAUACUUGUUCCAAGACCAUCUGGGGAGGUGCACACCUACCAGUCUGCUUUUUCUGUCUUUCAGGCCGUAACCAUCAUGCAACCUUGGGUAGCCAUCUCAGGCCUCCUGCUACUUCUGACGGAUGCUGUAGUUUCUUACACUCAAGUGAUUGGCAUGGUGGGUCACUCCAUCACGCUGCCCUGCACCUACUCAACAGCCCCUGGAGUCACUACCAUGUGCUGGGGUCGAGGGGCAUGUCCCAUGUCCCGUUGCUCCGAUGAAGUGGUCUGGACUAAUGGAUCCCAUGUCACCGUUCGGAAACACCCACGUUAUAAGCUAAAGGGAAACAUUUUAAGAGGGAAUGUGUCUUUGACCAUAGAGAAUGUGGCCCAGACUGACCGUGGUCUCUACUGUUGCCGUGUUGAGCACAGGGGGUGGUUCAAUGAUAUGAAACGCACCCUGUCGCUGGAGAUAAAGCCAGCUGAGGUCACCAGUGUUCCAACGUCACCUAGUGUCUUUACCUCUACUUCUUCAACGCCAGCACCCACGCAGAACCUCAAGCCAGAAACUACUUCAUCCUCUGCCAGGCAGACAGCAGGAACCCAGCCUACUGGGCCACGGGAAAGGAGCACAAGACAGCCCACCGAUUCACCAUUGUACUCCUGCCCCACCGAUGGGAAUGGCACUGUGACACAAUCUUCAGAUGGCCUUUGGCAUAGCAAUCAAACUCAUGUGUUGCUGGCACACAAUCCGUGGACGACCACCAGUAAGGGACUGUACAUCGGCAUUUGUGUUACUGCUGUGGUAUUGUUCGCUGUGCUGGUCGUCGUGAUUACCAAAAAAUAUUUCUGCGUAAGAAACAAGCUGGAACAACUAAACAUGGUUUGCAUGAAUGACCCUCGGACUGGAGCUUUGCAAAGUGCAGCCGAAGUGGGCAUCCGAGCAGAAGACAAUAUCUACAUUAUUGAGGACAAUGUUUAUGUCAUGGAUUAAGACCCAGUGGCCCUCUAAGGAUUUAUUUCCUUAACUGUGGGAGACAAUGACAAGAUACCACCAUGCCAGAGUUCUUGUAAGCCCUAGAUUGAUUUUUCUGUUAAUUUCCAAGGAUAGUCUAACAUGUCAGUUAUGUUGGGUAGAGUGCCUGGUUCAUCUGUGUAUAGUCACCCUCAUUGGCCAUAGAGUCCUAAUUUUUUAUGCUAAAACUUAAUUCACUGUUUCUCCCAAAUGUGAACACUUUAUAAUUACAUAUUCUCUUUGGAUCAUAUGAACCUUAUCUCCAUCAAGAAUGCUCACCAGUGAGGGAAGAGCUACCACUUUGGUCACCAAAGCUGUCAAGAAAAGCAGACUAGCAGUUAAAAUCAGCAGAUCUGAUGUGGGACUUAAAGGACUUCACUUGGAAGCAGUUUCCUGAUAAUCUCUUGUUUUUUUACAUUGUAACUCCAAAUGUUAACAUUUCUUAGGUUCCCCGAGGCUUUCAAAUCACAGGGGUACACAGGUCUUCAUUUCCCCCAAGGGGAAAUAGAAGUGAAUCUGAUUUCACCACUACAGGUCAAUCUGAUUUCGCAUGACUCUGGAAAUACACAGUAUUAAGGUUUUCCCUGGACCCGGGGUAGGUGUUUUAGCAGUUAGAAGGAACUGGGUAGGGAGUGGACCAAGUAGAUACCAGGGAAAGAAAAUCAGUUGCCCUGUGAUUUAUUGCAUGCUAUUUCUGCUACAUCAGUUCCACAGUUCCAAGCAUUUGUAUAUAUGAUUGUCAUGCUCUCUGAACUAAUUUUUAGAAUGAGGCAGGGCAGAAAUAAAUAAAAGAAAAAAAGGGAAAAGGCUAAAAGAAAUAGAAGAAAAAGAGGGGGAAGGUUAAAAGGCUUCCUGCUUUAGAAAAGUUAUUUUGCAAAGGUAACAGUGUUGUUUGAGAAUGUUACUAAUUUCAAUCAAAAUUCUAAAUUGUCCUUAGGUAACUGUAAUUUUAAAAUUGUUCUGGAAAGAUGAAGGGUGUUUUUUUAAAAUAGUAAAAACAGUUCAGUGCUAUUCCCUUUUUUCACAGUUCAGUUAAAUUUUUGGUUUUUCCAAGAGUUAAGCAAAGGCUAAUGGUGAGGAUAUCUUUAGUCACUAGAAGCUUUGCUACAUGAACAGUUAAGGAGGCUGGGUAUUAAUUUCAAUCUGAGUAGACCUUGAAAGAAGUCCUGCUUAGGGUUCAGAGUUACUCCUUAGUGGUCUAGGAGGGCAGGAUGUUUGUUUAUUUCUGAAGACAACAUCUUUGGCUUUGGUCUGUGGGGUUCUAGGACAUGGAUAGGACCUCCAAAUAAAGGUUAUAUGGGCAAAUAGGAUUGUUAAACAUGCUAUACUGGGUUUUCCAAAUGAUCUGGUCCAAGAAAUUUAUUGUUUAAACUGUAGUGUUUUUCUUUUAAAUUCAAAAUAACAUGAUAAACAUGGAGAUUUCAGAUUAAAGCCUAGAUUUGUAGCUUCUCUGGAAAGACUGGCAACAUUGGAUGGCAUUCCUACAUAGUCAGGGCCCCAUUAAAUGGUGCUAUAUACCACCCCUCCCCUAGUCCCCGCCUUUCCUGCACACAUACAUUUGUCCCUUGCUCUGUGACUGGCACUUUGAAUUUAUGACAGCUCUAUUCUCCAUACCCUUCUUGGAGAUUUAUGAUGGCACAUUAAAAGUUCUGAGAGUCUGAUUAAUGUUACCCAGCAUUUCCAAAACUUACUUGAAACCCGUGAACACAGUGUCUACCAGCCUACCCAGUAACAUUCUGUGAAACAGUAUGUAAGAACAUGUGGGGAAGGAGGUGGUACACAGAAUUAGGACUAGGACCUGAGUUCUAGUCUUAACUCUUAACAGAAACACUGGAUGACAUUAGGGUGAAUCCUGUUGCUGGCAUUUUCUAAUCUUAUCUUGCAUAACUAUUCCCAUAAUUGUAUUGAUGUGUAGCAGUAAUUCCAACGACAUGUUACUUCUAGUCUUUGGAAAGUGGAAAACACUACAGAAAUGCAAAGAGCUUUUUGGGUUUUAUUUUUGCCUUUUUCUUUUCUUUUUUUUUUUUUUGGUCGAGUUUGCAAUAAUAGAUUUAGCCUUAGUGCUCAGUAAAUAAUUUCAGUGGUGUUGCAUUCAUAUGUUUUUUGCUAUAUGGUACUUUUUUGGGGGGGGAGCAGGAGUAAUGUAUCUUUUUUGGAAAAGUUGAUACUUGUAAUUUGGCUAAUUUUAUGCUGUAGAAAAAUGUGUAUUGUAGAGGAUGAACAGGUGAGAAGGGAGGAAGGGGAGGUGUUUAGUUAAUACUUAAUUCCCUCCUGUGAGUAUAUCCAUCUUGUAGAAUGUAUUGAGUUUUGUUUUCAAUCCUUCAAGACAAUUGAGGUUCCAUUUUCCAUAGUCUAUCUUGCGACUUUAGGACACUGGUGUAAGUAAGAUAUUUAAACUUGAGAAAUUCUGCACGUCUUUAAGGAGUAGCAGAACCAAUCUUUUCACUAAUUGCUAAUCACUAAGAUAAUUUUAUGAGUACGUGAUAGUAUGAGGGACUCUUUGUGACUAGUUUCGUUUGUGGGUACACAUUAAUAAAAGAUAUUUUUGUUUUCAUUUUGAAAA